UCAAGCCAUCUUGACUGAAUAUUUAGCCUCAUCCAAGGUACAUUAAUUUGAUAUCUUCAGGAUUUCGGUGUCCCUAGUUUGAUGACCACUAUCGUUUGAAAGAUUAAAACCACACCAAUGAAACCGGGUCGAGUUUGUGUGUUUAAGCGCAGUCACGGCGGAGAACGGGAGUGCUGAAGAUGACGCUGUCGCUCCUGAAAUUACCGGCUAGCUAAGCUAACGGCUAGCAUGUCUGCCUUGAUUGUAGUCUGUCAGUAGCUGACAUUUAGCUUGGUGCAGUUUUUCUGUCGGGCACUCGCACUGCAGAGGACGACUGAACAAGGGAGCUAGUGCAAAGUCCCAUGCAGAAGACGAGGAGGUGGGAAUGUGAGGCAGUUGUUAGCAGACUCAGCAUGGGUAGGGGUCGAGGCAGAGGGAGAGGAAGGGGCAGGGGUACAUCUGGCCAGUUGCGGCCCCCCUCCCCUUACAGACUACAGCUCUCUCCAUCCAGGGAGACUUUGACAUACGCUCAGGCUCAGAAAAUAGUGGAAGUGGACCUAGAUGGAAGACUCCAUCGGAUUAACAUCACAGAUCCUCUGCCAGUUAUCACAGAGGACGAGAUGAUGGCCCAGGACAUUGCAGAGUGCAACAGUAACAAGGAGAACAGUGAGCAGACACAGAGUAAAACCAGGACGUGGAGGAAACCCGCAAACGGCAAAAACAGGAGGAGUGGUAAAAACACGUCAAACCAGAACCAGCGCUCCAGCUCUAAUCAGCACACAGGAUCGGCUUUUUCCUUCCAGCAGCCGGCCCUCCAAACACCUCUGCCUGAGCCGACCUUCCGCGUGCUGAGUUCGGUUUCCCCCACAGAGGCGCCUCCUCUCCCGGCAGCCUACUAUCGUUACAUAGAAAAAUCCGGGGAGGAGCAGGACAGCGUGGCAGAGUACGACAUGGACGAGGAGGACCUCGCCUGGCUGGAGAUGGUGAACCAGAAGAGGGUGUCCGAUGGCCAUGCAUCCGUAUCUCCGGACACUUUUGAGCUGCUCAUCGACCGCCUGGAGAGGGAAUCCAUCUUGGAGUCCCGCAGCCAGGCUCUGUCCCAGAAUGCUGUCGACGAGGAUGCCUUCUGCUGCGUCUGCUUGGAUGACGAAUGUCUGAACAGUAACGUCAUCCUGUUCUGUGACAUCUGUAACCUGGCCGUCCACCAGGAGUGUUACGGUGUGCCCUACGUCCCCGAGGGCCAGUGGCUGUGCCGCUGCUGCCUGCAGUCCCCCUCCCGCCCUGUAGACUGUGUUCUCUGUCCCAACCGAGGAGGUGCCUUCAAACAGACAAGCGAUGGGCGUUGGGCCCAUGUUGUCUGUGCCAUAUGGAUCCCAGAAGUUUGCUUUGCCAACACGGUGUUCCUUGAGCCCGUGGAGGGGGUCAGUAACAUCCCUCCCGCUCGCUGGAAGCUCACCUGCUACCUGUGUAAGCAGAAAGGCAGGGGAGCGUCCAUUCAGUGCCACAAAGCCAACUGUUACAGGGCUUUUCACGUCACCUGCGCCCAGAAGGCUGGCUUGUUCAUGAAGAUAGACCCAGUCCGGGAGACGGGUGUUAACGGCACCACCUUCUCCGUGAAGAAGACUGCUUUCUGUGAGCAUCACUCUCCUGUUGGGUCUCGGCGAGACGGGUCUGGAGAUGAGUCGGUGGAAGGGAGGCUCGUGGGGGGCAGGGGUAAUCGGGGUCAGCGGUCUUAUACUCAGAGUCCCCCCUCAUCACCAAACAAGAAAGCUACCAAAGGACAAAAGAAGAAGAAUUCAAAAGGGUCUGGUGGGUCACGUCGCUCCAAUAUUCCUGUGCUGCUGGUGCCUCAGAUCCCGUCGCACAGGCUGAACAAGAUCUGCACAGGAGCUGAAGUCCAGAGAAAGAACCAGUUCAUGCAGCGGCUUCAUAACUACUGGUUGCUGAAACGACAGUCGCGAAAUGGGAUGCCUUUAAUACGGCGGCUUCAUUCCCACCUACAGGCCCACAGGACUGCAGAGCAGAGGGAGCCUGAUGAAAAGCUGAGUGCCGCGCGAGAGGAGCUGCGAUACUGGCAAAAGUUGAGGCAAGACCUGGAAAGAGCGAGACUUUUGGUGGAGCUCAUCCGCAAGAGGGAGCGGCUAAAGAGAGAACAGAUGAAAAUUCAGCAGGCUGCUCUUGAGCUGAAGUUGACUCCUGCGCUGGUGCUUCUGAGAUCCACCCUGGAGCAACUACAAGAGAAGGACACAGCCAAAAUCUUCUCUCAGCCCGUCAAUCUGUCAGAGGUCCCAGAUUACCUGGAGUUUAUUACCCAACCCAUGGACUUCUCUACUAUGCGCACCAAACUGGAGGGACAUGCCUACUGUUCCAUCACUGACCUAGAAGAGGACUUCGACCUCAUGAUCUCGAACUGCCUCAAGUACAACUCCAAGGACACCAUGUUCCACAGAGCAGCCUUACAACUGCGGGAGGUGGGAGGUGCCGUUCUCCGCCACGCCCACAGGCAGUCUCAGAGCAUCGGCCUGGACCCCAGUACAGGCAUGCACCUGCCAGAGGCUCCAAACAAACAUGGCUUCUACAACUGUACAUGGGAUGAUGUUGACUCUCUGUUGGACCCAGAGAACAGACUGCACUUAACCACAGAGGAGCAACUAAAGGCCUUACUGGAUAAACUGGACGUGGUCGCAUCCAUGCGUACCAGCGGCGGCCGCACCAAGCGCAUUAGGCUGCUGCGCCGAGAGAUCAACACUCUGAGGCAGAAGAUGAACCAGCAGCAAAGUGCUCAGUCUGUGAAUGGCAUUGAGAAGGUGGAUGAAGGAAAGGAAGAAGAGGGAGAGGAGGAGGAGGAAGACGAGGUGGAGAAGAAGAAGGAAAAGAAAAGGGAGAAGACAAAUGUGGAGAAUGGACUAUUGACAGCAGUGUCAAACCCUAGAGCAGAUGACUCUCCACCUGUGCUAGAGCUUACCUGCCCAGUAUCAUCACCACUGCCAGGCGAUGCUCCCCUGGAGCCCCCUGUCCUGGGCAUUGUAACGGGAGGACGCAGGUCACCCGGACGUUCCUACAAACGUCAGAGGUCCUCCCGGAGUGGAAGCAAAAGCCAAGGCGAAGAUGAGGCUGAAGUCGGAGAAACGCCUUCUUCGGAACCAGACGCUGUUCACGAGGUCACGCCACUGGGCACGCCUCCAACACUGUCUCUGGUCGGAGUCGGUCGUCGCACGUCAGUUUUGUUUAAGAAAGCAAAAAAUGGCGCGCGAAUGGUGAAGAACAAGUCCCUUCCACAACAGAACGGUAAAACCUCUGAGGCUAAAAGCAACGGGUUGGAUAGCACCGCCACCAGCCCGAAUUCACCCAGUGUGAACAACAUCACCACAUUACCUCCUACCCCAAACGCCUCCCCAGCACCUCCUUCUCCCUCCUCUCACCGCCUGAGGUCUAGAGGCCACAGCUCAGAAAGUGAGGCAGACAAACUCCCUCCUCCGCCCACAGAAGGAGGCCUGACAAAUGGAAAGCACAGCUCUGCAGAACACGAUGAAGACGACUCCAACCUAAGUGUCUCUCCUCCCAAACGCAGUCGGGGUAAACCUGCUUUGGCUAAAGUUCCUAGCAGCGAGAACGGAGACAUCUCCGGAUCUGGAAAGUCUACACUUCUGUCUUUAGAUAGCGAGACCAAACUUGCACCACUGGACCUAGUCUGGGCCAAAUGCAGGGGAUAUCCGUCGUAUCCGGCAAUGAUUGUUGAUCCUGACAUGCCCCAGGAAGGACUUCUCCACAAUGGCAUACCCAUUCCCGUGCCUCCUCUGGAGGUGCUCAAACUUGGUGAAUGGAGGCAAACUGAGGAAGACCAGAAGCUCUUCUUAGUGCUCUUCUUUGACACCAAAAGAACUUGGCAAUGGCUCCCUCGUAACAAACUACUGCCGCUGGGAAUGGACGACACUGUAGACAAGCUGCGGUUAAUGGAAGGCAAAAAACCCAGCGUUCGCAAGUCUGUGCACACUGCUUAUGACCGAGCUAUGGUACAUUUAAACCACGUGAGAGGAAACCUUAACUUCACACCCUCCAAUUUUAUAUAAAAUUUAAAAAAUACAAUUUAUAUAAAAUUUAAUUUUAAAGAUUUUAUCAUCUUAAAUAAGCUGCCUGGUCGUGUGUACAAAGCUUCUUCAAUGUUUUUAAAAAAAUUUGGGAAAGUAAAACAAACGCUUCCCAAUAGGUGUAGUAUUUGAAGGUUAUCUGCAUAAAAAGUUUUUUUUAAAACUGAUUUUUGAAAUGAGGAGGGGGAAAAGUGCUUUUUUGUAGAUUUACUUGUUCAUUUAUUUGUGUACGUUUUUUUAAAUUGUUUUCCACAACCACUGUUGCUACGUGUUCAUAUAAAGAUUUUAUUUUAGGCCAAAGUGAGUCGAGACUUUCGUGAGAAAAGUGUAAUUAUUUAAUCGUGAAUGGGAUUUUCUUGAUUGAAAAUAUAUUUAGAUUGUAUUUGCCAUUGAAACGUCAGUGUGUAUACUGAAGUUUGAAAGUCCCACUUAACAUUCACGUCAUAUCUGGACUUGGACAGCUAUGGACACGGGUUUGUCUUCAAGAGUUCUCUAUAAUAACAAUAAUAAUACCAUUUGCAUGUUGUUGUUUGCAUGUUGCAGGUGAUGUAUAAGCUGCUCCUUCCUCUGUUUGUUUAGUUACUAUGAGUUUUGUUCCAUUAAUAUUCAGAGAUAGACUGGUGCAGUGUUGCUGAAGCUGUCGAUUUAUCAGUGGACCUUCUUUUCCCGCCCUCUUCUAAAGCCACAAGCUGCAGGUGGUGAGAUCAAGAUUGUGGAUACAAGUGGUGGUAAAGAGCUUCCUCCGAGGGGUUUUUGGAUCUCUCUUAGCAACAAGGAGAGAAGCUCCUUUAUUCCAGAAGAGGUCGGAGUAGCUUCUUCAUAUUGAAAGGAGCCAGUUGAGGUGGUUCAGGCAUCUGUCAUGACGCCUCCUGGAUGCCUCUUUUGUGAAAUGUUUAGGCCACUUCCAACUGGAAGGAGGACUUAGACACACGAAAGAGAUUAAGAAUGCCUCAGGGUCUCCUUCAGAACAGCUGGGAGUGGGAGGUUGGGGGUAUCUCUGCUUAGACUCUUGUUUCUCUGACCAAGAUAAGCAGCAAUGCAUGGGAGGAUAAUAUUCAUGGUAUUACAUCAAAGCUGUUACUGCAGGCAUUCACAUUGAAACUAUACCAGAAGGGGUGCAAAUAACUUUUUCUUUUUUUUUUUGGUAACAUUUGACUCCAGGACUUUGUUUUUCAUGCGCUCAUGUUUAUUCAUCAGUUCUGGGAAUUUCUUGGUGUAUGCACGAUAACCAUGCAUCAUUUGUUCUCUGACUGAUAUUGCUGAGCAUCUGGCUACACCUAAAUGCUGCAGGUAGUUGGAAGUCUCAGUGAGCUCUCUCACUGUAUCCUGUAAUCUUCCAGGCAUUCUUGGAUAUAUAUUUAUAUUUUUUCCUCCUCCUUCCAGAAAAGGGUCACUUCAGAGUCACGUCACCUGAGUUGAAUUUAAAAAAAUAAAAAGGGAAUUUAUCUGUUAUAACAGCGUUUUAUAUUUGAGCACAAAAUUAAGUUUUUUGAAAUAGAUUUUUUUUUAAAAACUUUUUCAGGGAUGAGGCAUACGCUUUGGAAACGAGUACUAAAAAUAUUUUUUUAUUUUACUAUAUUUUGAAAAACUAAUUGAAGUGAGCAUUAAAGGAACAAGUGAUUCCAUUUGCUCCGAGGUCCCAAACUCUCAGUCCAGCUAUGACGUGUCGUUGGUGAGACUUUAGAGUGUUUACUUAAUUUUUCCAUAUUGUGAAACUGUACGGUGAUAUGAGAAUGUCGGCGUACCCGGUGCAGCUACCUGGUUAGUUAGAUGUGAAGUCACUACAGAGGUGAGAUGGUUUGUGGGGGAGGGAGGGGCAAAAAAAAGUCUACUGCGAUCCUCACUCAAGAAUUUGCACUUGAAUGCAAAUGUGGCUGAGGAAACUUGAAAAGCACAAAUGGUUACUUUUAAGGAUUGGAUUGGUGACUCCUGGAGCCAUAUGUGUGGCAAAACCUUGUGUGUGUAUGUGUGUGCGUGCGUGAGAGUGUGUGUGUGUACAGCUUAUACAUACAUGUAUACAACCUCAGUGUAGUAAAAGUGCAUGUGUAUAGUUUUGUAAAUAUGUAAAUGUAUGUUUAUAUCGGCUUACAUGAAGUAAUUUAAGGAAUGCAAAAAUCGAGUUUAGAUUUUAAUUUAUAAUUUGUGGCAGUUGAGAGUGUUAUUUAAAAAGUUAAAUAUUGAAAAGAUUUAUGUAUGAUGCUACGUAGCUCUUUGUAACAGUGAUGGUAUUCACCAACAUGUGGAACAUGGAACAUAUUCUCUAAAAGCGAGGAGGCACAAGACCUUAACUCUGUGGGCAGAAGCUGCCGCACCUGCCUGCAAGUUUUGUUCGUUUUUUUUCCCUUGGUGGCACAGGAGAUUUUUGAUCUUGUCAUUUAAAUUGUAUUGCAAGAUCUAUAAUCUGCCCGAGACAAUAUUUUCUCACACAACAAUAAAUGCUGUUUGAAACAGUU